UAAGAAUAUUAUUAAGAAAUUUAGGAAAUUUAUGAAAUUUCCUUUUUCUAAAACAACAUGAAAUAUAAGAAAAAGUUCCAUAAACCUUGACCAACACGAAACUUUAAGAAACCUUUAUAAUAUUUAUGAAAAAACAAAACUUCUCAUUCAAUGCAAUUGUUAAAGUAAUCAAAACUAAAGCAUAGACACCAACACAAACAUGUGUUUUUAAAGCAAUAAAAAAGUGUUGGUGGGAAUGCCGCAGCAGAGGGGCGAAAGUAAAUGAUUUUUAUUAAAAUAAUUUAAAAAAAAUAUUCUUCACAAAAACAACGAAACUCUUUAUGAAUGGAUAACUAUAGGAAAAAGGUGCGGGCUAUGGAACAAAGGUUGAGUGAAUGGCCAAAACCUCCACCAACCACAGCCAACACCAACAACAGCUCAUCGAAUCAUCAAGGCCAACAACAGCAGCAGCAAUCAACACAACAAGCUCAGCAACAAACUCCAGCCAAUUCAACAACUUUAACUGCCAGUCAACAGCAACAACAACAACAAUUAUCCUCAAGUCUUCCAGAUGCUGAAAAAACUAUAAAUUCUUUGGAAUACCAAGUCGAAGAACAACGUCAAUUGCGUUUGCAAGACGCCAAACAAAUCGAAGCCAAAGCGGCCAAAAUCAAAGAGUGGGUCAACAAUAAACUACGCGACCUCGAAGAACAAAAUCAAUUAUUGAGAGAACAAAAUCAAAAGUGCAAUCAACAGUUGGAAUUAUUAAAAAACUAUAUAGCCAAUCAAUCGAAUAGACAUAGUGUUAUAGGUCCCGUUAGAAAUAGUUUAAGUUUGGAUGUGCAAGAUUUUGCCGCCUCCAAAGAGAAUCGUAGACGUAGCGAAAGUUUAGAUACCCAAGAAAUCAUAAAUCGUCCCCUAACUGCCUCUUAUCCUCAUCAUCAGCAUAGAAGAAAUCUAUCCAUGGAGCCUACAGAGUUGGAACGUAAUCUAGUGGCGGCUGUAGAUGGUCUACAGUUAGCGCCUCUGGCUAGCAUAUCAAAACAGGCGGCUUCGGUUAAGAAUGGUCGUCCCGAUAGUUCUGAUACCGAUACGGCUCAUGAUUAUGCUGAAAUCUAUACCCCCUCCUGUGAGAAAAUGCCAGCCUGGAUGAAGAAUAAUCCAGCUUUAAUGGCUAGUGGUGGUAAUUCGAGUACUACCACCACCACCAGUGAAAUGGGUGGGGUUCCUAGACCCCCCACGCCCCCUCUACAUCGUUUCCCCUCUUGGGAGGCUAAAAUCUAUCAAGUUGCCAACGAUGGUUUGGCAGGAGCCUCCGAGAAUGGUGGCACUUUAGAUAGACAUUCUCAGCCACCACCUCCCCCACCCGAUAUUCAGGAAUCUACUACUAGUGCAGCAAAUAGUCACUCUAAUACCUUAAAUAAUACGGGAGGUCACCAGGGUCGUCAUACGCCCGCUUCUCUGAAUGAGGGCACCACAACGCCCUUAACACCUCAACUGCCUACAAGGCAACAGCAGACGGCCAGUGGAGGUUUCUGUGAUAUAUCAGUGCCCGUUUAUGCAACAGUUAAAGGGCGCGCUUCUCAAAUACGUUCCAUGCCCUUUACCGGCGACUCUAGCGAUGAUUCCAGCGAUGGUGAAGAUCAUGCCGUUAUGCUCACCCACAAUUCACACAACUCUUCAAGUACCGAUAAUACAGAGACUUCAACAUCCGGUAGUGCUUCCAGUCCUUCAAAAAGUUGUAAAACUUCGUCAUCCUUAAGUCCCGCUAAACGUAGCGGUUCGGAAAGUCCUAAAAAUACUAAACCAAGAGUAAAUCAUCUGCAUCAACAAACGUCUCAUAAUGAAUUUAAUCACCAUACCAUGCCCCUGCCCUAUACACACUAUCAAACACAUUUACACACUAACUCUAAUCCGAAUCUUCAUAAAUCACCAUCACAAACCAAUCCAGCACAAUAUCAUAGGCUUUCGUCUGCCAACAAUCAUCAUCUACGUGUCCCUCACCAUCCUAUGCGUGGCACAGUAAUUUCAGAUAUUUCAUUUGAAUCAGGCCUCUCCGAUGAUUAUGCUCUGCCCCCCGAUGCGGUAUCGGAAUCCACUUGUCCCAUGGAUGCUAGCAUGCCCUCACUAUUAAUGCGUCAAUCGUAUGUGGAUUCACCCAGUAAGAAAUUGGAGUCAUUGGAAAAGGCUGGCCAUUUAGCUAAGCUGGGUGGCAAAUUAAAGACUUGGCGCAAACGUUGGUUUGUUUUAAAGAAUGGCUCUCUCACCUACUGGAAGAGCCAGCAUGAUGUCAAUCGCAAACCCCAAGGCCAGAUUUUAUUGGAUGAAGUAUGUCGCAUUAAUAAAGCGGAGGGAGCUUCCACCUUUGAAAUUGAUACCGGUAAAAAAGUAUACUAUUUAACUGCUGAUUCCAAUGCCACCAUGGAUGAUUGGAUCAGGGUUUUACAAAAUGUGCAAAGAAGAAAUGCCACAAAAUUGCUGUUGAGUAGAGAUGAUCAAAAGCCCACAUUACAGGGUUGGGUUACCAAGGUCAAGAAUGGUCAUGCCAAAAAAUGCUGGUGUGUUUUGUUGGGCAAAAUGUUUUUGUACUUCAAGGCCCCCAAUGAAACUAAUCCUUUGGGUCAGAUUAAUAUGCGUGAUGCCCGAGUUGAAGAAGUGGAACAUGUUUCCGAUUCUGAUUCCGAGGAAAGAGAAGAUCCUCAAAGUCAGGCCCAUUUAACAGUGGCCAUCUAUCCGGCUCAUCAGGGUCCUACUUAUUUGAUAUUACCCGGCAAGGCGGAACGUGAUAAUUGGUUGUAUCAUUUGACAGUGGUAUCAGGUGGUGGACCCAGUGCUGGCUCUCAAUAUGAACAAUUGGUGCAGAAGUUAAUGGAAACAGAUGGAGAUCCUAAUUGUGUGAUUUGGCGUCAUCCCAUAUUGCUGCAUACCAAAGAUACUAUUUCUGCUCCUUUGACAACUCUACACACCGAACCCAUGCAUCCAGAAGCCAUUAAACUAUUCAAGAGCAUACAACUCUUUAUGUCCGUUGCUGUGAAUCAACCGGGUAUUGAUUAUCAUGUGGUCUUGGCACAAAAUGCUUUACAACAUUGUUUGGAUAUGCCCGAAUUACAAUCGGAAAUGAUUUGUAUUUUGAUUAAACAAACCUCUAGACAUACGGGCCAAAAACUUAGUGUUGGCGUCCAGGUAAACAAGAAACUGGGCAAGCAAACGCGCGCUCCUGUACCUCCUCCUAUUAUAGACUGCAAAUCAAAUCCUCCUGCUUAUUCUUUUGUCCAGGGAUGGCAGCUAUUAUCUCUAGCCGUUUCUUUAUUUGUACCCAAAUCUAGCCGUCUAUUGUGGUAUUUGAAACUACAUUUGUCGCGUAAUGCUGAUUCUAAAACCGAAACUGGCAAAUAUGCCGCCUAUUGUGAACGUGCUUUGGAACGCACCUUAAAGAAUGGUGGCCGUGAAACGAAACCUUCACGCAUGGAAGUUUUAUCGAUAUUGCUCAAGAAUCCCUAUCAUCAUUCACUGCCCCAUGCUAUACCGGUGCAUAUGAUGAAUACCACUUAUCAGGUUGUCUCCUUUGAUGGCUCUACCACUAUCGAAGAAUUCCAAAGCACCUUGGCACAAGAGAUAGGCACUCGCGAUUCUACCAAUGGUUUUUGUUUAUUCAGUGAUGAUCCUAUAGAAAAGGACCUGGAACACUAUCUAGAUCCUUUGGCUAAGCUAUGCGAUGUUAUCUCUAAAUGGGAGACUGCCUUAAGAGAAAAAGGUUCGGGUAAAUUUGAGAAUACACGCGUUAUACAGCUAACCUAUAAGAAUCGUUUGUAUUGGAAGCAUACGGUUAAGUUUGAAACCGAUAAGGAAAGGUUAUUGCUGUGCUAUCAAACCAAUAAUCAAAUAGUGCAGGGAAGAUUUCCCUUGUCAAGGGAUUUGGCUUUGGAAUUGGCCUCUUUAAUGGCUCAAAUAGAUAUGGGUGAUUACUCGCAUGAAAAGUCUAAAAGUGCUACCACAAAUGUGGGCAUAAAGGCUUUGGAUAAGUUUUAUCCUUAUCGCUAUAGAGACGCUUUAAAUCCGGAGCAGUUGAAGGAGAUUCAAGAAUUAUUGAUUACUAAAUGGAUUUUAUUAAAGGGACGCAGUACUUUGGAUUGUGUGAGAAUAUAUUUAACCUGUUGCCGUAAAUGGCCUUAUUUUGGGGCCAGUUUAUUCCAGGCUAAGCCUAGGCACUCAGAUCAAGCCAUGGCCUGGUUGGCGGUAUCAGAAGAUGCUUUAAAUGUUUUGGAAUUGUCUUCUAUGGCUCCCAUAGCCAGAUAUCCCUAUACUAGUGUUAUGACUUUUGGAGGCUGUCAAGAUGACUUCAUGCUGGUGGUAUCCAAUGAAGAUACUUUGGCUUCGUGUGGAACACAAGAACAAAAAUUGCUAUUUGCUAUGUCUAAGCCCAAAAUUUUGGAAAUUACUUUACUUAUAGCAGACUAUAUGAAUGCUUUGGGUCAUACAGUGCCCGGCACUCCACACAUGAAUUCCCUAACACGCAAUGGCUCGCAUAGAUCUUUAAGAACCCGGCCUGCGGUAGGCACUGGUACCAAUACCGUGGUUGGAACCUUAUGUGGCAAUACUAUGGCUGGCAUGUCGACCAAUGCCACUACUACGGCUCAUAAUACCUUGAAUUCGCAUGCCACUCAUACACUCAACUCCAAUCAUUCGCAUACUUUAAGUUCCUCACACUAUAGUACCGGUGAACAUGAACGUAUGGGCACAAUAGGGGGCGGAGGAGGUUCACGUUCCCAGGCCGGUUCUCAUCAAGGCACCAUGAACUCUAUGCACAGUCAAAGUCAUCAUAUACAUCAUCCUCAUCAACCGGAUAUUUUAAAAAGUACACCCGAUCAUCAGCGUAUUAAGUAAAUAGUUAGGACAACCCCCUCUUAAAAACCCCAGACCCGAAAAUUGUAAAUAUAUAUUCAACUUAAUUUAAUAUUAGACAAAAAUUUAAAGAGACUUUAAAGGAAAAAUGAAUGCCUAAAGGAAAAGGCAAAAAAUUUAGUUUUACAAAAAAAAAACUAAUUUUUAUAUAAAAAUAUUACCAAAUAAGUGUAAAUAUUUAAAGAUAAAAAACCAGUGAUUUAAAGAAGAAAAAAAAACCAAGAAAAAUUUAGAACUUAAUAAUAGCAUUUAAAAAUUUAAAAAGGCAAAAAAACAAAAAAUCAUUUUAUAUUUUACUUUCAAAAUUAACAAAAAAAAAAGUAUAAUUUUUAUAAAAUUUAACAUAAUUCAGAAAAUUAUAAAGAUUUUGUAUUAGAAAACACAAGUUUUUAAUUCUUUUUA